AUGCCCGCUCAACGCUCCGGUCCUUCGCGCGAUUCGGUCAAUUCCUACGGCGACGACAAGCGUAGCAUCAACGAUCCCAACAGCAGCAGCACCGCCUUGACGCAGGUCGCCUCGCUCGAUCCAGAGUCGGGCUUUUCGGCUCACAAUGACAACUUCCGCCGCAAAAAGUCGCUCGUCCGUCCAGAUCGCGAACGCAUGGAUCCCAGCCAUCGACAGUGGUACUACCGCAACCACGCUGCCCACAUGGACGUCAUGGCUGCCAGCGGCGGUCGCGUAGGGUAUAUGCCUUCCACCACCGGUCACCUGCCACAGCACGGUGCCGCUCCUCACGGCUCGGGCAUGGCCGGCAUCGUCGGUCCCGGAGGCGGUCUCAGCGGUCUUGGUGUGACGGGUCCUUCGAGCGUGCCUCCUGGUGGUCUCGGCCGCGCCCCUCCUCUGCGUCGCGGCAAGUCGAUCUUGGGCAGGGACGAGGAUCAGGUCGAGACCGGCAUCAAUGUCCUCAAGCGUGGCGUUUCGCUGCGUCGCAAACAGUCCAAGUCUGGCAACAAAGCCUCUAAAGAGGUGCCUCGCGACCUUGGCGAGAGCAAAACUUCGCGCAUCGCGCCCGGUCCCGUCGGAGGCUGGAUGAUCUACUGCUACAUCCUCACCAUCUGCUGUCCAGGACCCUUCCUACGUGUCUUUGGCAUCCGCACUCCGGAACAGCAGCGUGCCUGGCGUGAAAAGAUGGGUCUCAUCGGCAUCAUCACCCUCAUCAUGGCCGCUGUCGGUUUCCUCACCUUUGGGUUCACGCAGACCGUCUGUGGCAAGCAGCCCGAUCGAUACAACCUAGGAACCAUCGAUGUAGGUUCCAUGACCUUCAACGGCUACGACUACAGCUUUGACGGCUUCGUCCAUCCGAAUACCGGCCCCUUUGGCGCCAACACCAUCUACAACCACACCAACCCCAUCUACUCUCAACCCUGGUCCUCCGGCGGACAGGAUGGCAGCCUGCUCUUCCAAAAGAUCGGCGGCGCAUGCACUGGCGUCAUCUCCAACCGCGCCGGAGGCGGUCAGCCCGAUCGCUACUUUGACUGCACCCUCGUCCGUCAAGACGGCAAGGGUGGCUACUCCAACAAUACGGUGUCCAUGUGCCACAACGGCACCAUUGUCGACCAGUUCAACGACGGCGCCCAACCCAAGAACGCGGUGCUCAAGAGGCGUGGCCAGGUCUCGCUUCAGUGGAACAACGUCACCGACACCACCCGCAACCUUGCCGUCUACCGAGGCGCUGUGCUCGAUCUCAACCGUCUCAACAACUUCACCAACGCCGUCACCUAUCCUGCGCUCUUCGAUACGCUCAAGCGCCGCAAUGACGCGUGGGCAGGCCGCGACGUGACCGCUUCCGUCAUGCGCCAGCGUCUCGACAACGAGUUCCAGUGUCUCGAGCAGAUCACGCGCAUCGGCUUCAUCGACUCGGAGACCAUCGGUUGCGUCGCAUCCAAGGUCGAACUCUACCUCUCGCUAGUCUUCAUCAUCGGUGUCGUCGCCAUCAAGUUCUUCAUGGCCGUCAUGUUUGGCUGGUUCAUCUCGUGGCGUCUGGGCAAUUACGCCAACGAAACGUACGAGCAGCGCAUGAAGCGAGCCGCCGAGAUCGAGCAGUGGUCCGACGACAUUUACCGUCCCGCGCCGGCCGGGUACCGUCCCAACGCCCGCAAGCACAAGUCGUUCCUCCCUGCCAAGAGUCGUUUCUCGGUCGCCGAUCCGCUCAGCCUCAAGAGUGGAUCGCGUGCGCCCAUGCCCUUGAGCGAGAAGCGCAUGACGCGUGCCAGCCGCCUCGGUGUCGGCUCGCCGCUCGGCGGUUCGCCUCCCGGUUCUCCCUCGGUCGCUGGUGGCAGAAGCUCGGCUUCGUUGGCUCCCGCUCACUCGCGUCGCUCGUCGUUCUCUGGCGGUCCUGCCGAAGGUGCCAUGGGUAUCUGCCCCUUCCCGUUGCACAACACGAUCCCUCAGCCUGGACCCGACUACCAACCGUUUGGCUUCCAGCUGGCGCACUCGAUCUGCCUCGUCACCGCCUACUCGGAGUCGUUCGAAGGCUUGCGUACCACGCUCGACAGCCUUGCCACCACCGACUACCCCAACAGCCACAAGCUGCUGCUCGUCAUCGCCGACGGUAUCGUCAAGGGUGCCGGCUCCGACAUCUCGACGCCCGACAUUUGCCUGUCCAUGAUGAAGGACCUCGUCAUCCCCGCCGAAGAGGUCGAGGGCAACUCGUACGUCGCCAUCGCCGACGGCUUCAAGCGUCACAACAUGUGCAAGAUCUACGCCGGCUUCUACGACUACGACGACGAGACCGUCGAGCGAUCCAAGCAGCAGCGCGUUCCCAUGAUCCUCGUCGCCAAGUGCGGUACGCCGCUCGAGGCCGACAGCGCCAAGCCGGGCAACCGUGGCAAGCGUGACUCGCAGGUGCUGCUCAUGGCCUUCAUGCAGAAGGUCAUGUUCGACGAGCGCAUGACCGCCUUCGAGUACGAAUUCUUCAACAGCAUCUGGCGCGUCACGGGCGUCUCGCCAGACAACUACGAGAUCGUGCUCUGCGUCGACGCCGAUACCAAGGUGUUCCCCGACUCGCUCUCGCGCAUGGUCGCCUGCAUGGUCGAGGAUCCCGAGAUCAUGGGCCUAUGCGGCGAGACCAAAAUCGCGAACAAAUCCGAGACGUGGGUGACGAUGAUCCAGGUGUUCGAGUACUACAUCUCGCACCACCAGACCAAGGCGUUCGAGGCGUGCUUCGGCGGUGUCACGUGUCUGCCAGGAUGCUUCAGCGCGUACCGUAUCAAGGCGCCCAAGGGGCCGCACGGCUACUGGGUGCCCAUCUUGGCCAACCCGGACAUCGUCGAGCACUACUCGGAGAACGUCGUCGACACGCUGCACAAGAAGAACCUGCUCUUGCUCGGAGAGGACCGAUACCUGACUACGCUCAUGCUCAAGACGUUCCCCAAGCGAAAGAUGAUGUUUGUACCUCAAGCGGUCUGCAAGACGAUCGUACCGGACACGUUCCGCAUCCUGCUGUCGCAGCGCCGUCGAUGGAUCAACUCGACGGUGCACAACCUGUUCGAGCUGGUCAUGGUCAACGAUCUUUGCGGUACCUUCUGCUUUUCGAUGCGCUUCGUCGUCUUUAUGGAGCUGACGGGUACGCUGGUGCUGCCUGCCGCCAUCGCCUUCACGCUGUACGUCGUCGUGCAGGCGUUCCUGCCCAACGUUCCUACGCCUACGAUCCCGCUCAUCCUGCUCGCGCUCAUCCUGGGUCUGCCCGGUAUCUUGAUCGUGGUCACGUCGCGCAAGAUCGCGUACGUGGGCUGGAUGUUGAUCUACCUGUGCUCGCUGCCCAUCUGGAACUUUGUGCUGCCGCUGUACGCCUACUGGCACAUGGACGACUUCUCGUGGGGUGCCACGCGAGUGGUGCAGGGCGAAAACAAGAAGGACAACCACGGUGAUGCCGACGGCAAGUUCGACCCUUCGCACAUCGUGAUGAAACGAUGGGCCGAAUUCGAGCGCGAGCGACGCUGGAAGUCGGGAACGCACUCGCGCGACUCGACGUACGACGUGGUGCAGCGCUCCGGCUCGCCCGACAGGGCAGGCAGCACGCGCUACUCGGUGGUCUCGUCGGACACGUUCCACUCGAAUCCGUUCGGUCAGCACGACCAGUUCGGCCGUGCCCUGCCCAACGCCAUGUCCUCGAGCACCUCGCAAUUUGGACCCGACGCUUCAGAGGUGUCGCACAGCAAGAGCGCGUCGGGCGCGCGGGCUCGCCUCGAUGCGGUGCCGCUGCUCGAGCUGCCGGCGCCGCUUGCGACAGAUGCCAAGCAACGCAGCGGCGCCUCGCCGCCAGGCACGGUGGUGGUGCCUCGACCUCGCGCAACGUCGCCGUCGCCGUUGCCGCACAACUCGACCCACCCGGCGCUGGGCAGCGUCGGCGCCUUCUCGCCGACGCAGCACAGUGCGGGCCGCCUGCCCACGCUGCCCGGCGCCGCCACGUACGAAGCCUACCCGCACACGGAUGUCGCCGACGAGGAGAGGCGACCGAUGAUCGGAUCCGCGUCGAGCUCGCCAGACCCAGAACCGCGCCGUUACGUUGGCCCCGACGCAGGCGUUCGACACGGCAACGUCUCGACCGAGCAGCGCUACCCGACAGUGAGCGAGUCGGCAUAUCCCACGCAAGCAUACACGGCGGAACCCGAGACAGACGGGUCCGUAUCGCCGACGCCUCCGCCGCAGGGCUUCACCGCAGUCAGCCAGUCGCAGCAGAACCGACCGCUGACGCGAGGAUUCAGUCUGGUGGACGAUGGUCCCGUAGCGAGCGCGCAGGGCGUGCGACAGGUGCAGCGCGGAGCGCGACGCUCGCAGAUGCCCAACUCGGCGGCGUCACCUCCUCCCACGGGCAACCGAACCGGCAACCUUCCACCGGGCGCAGCUCCUCCCAGCUUUGACUGA